CUUCCAGUGAGAGCGGUUUAACCCAGUUAUGCAAACAAGAUGAUUCAACUAAAGACGAUGUUAAAUUGCAUCGACAACUCCGGUGCCGCAGUUGUCGAGUGCGUGAACGUCUUGAAGAAGAAGCGGCCCGCAACAGUUGGUGAUCGGAUCGUGGUUGUCGUACAGAAGCAGCGAAACUUCGGCCCCGAGAGCGCAACGAGCAGUGGUAUCGCGAACAAGGUCCGUCGAGGAGACAUCCGGCACGCUGUGGUUGUUCGCGCAGCAAAGCAGAUGCAGCGACCUGAUGGAUCGAUUCUGAAGUUUGACGAUAACGCCUGUGUCUUGAUCAACAAGUCGGGUGAUCCGAUUGGCACCAGAAUGAACGGUGUCGUGGCUACGGAAUUACGAGGAAAGCAAUGGUCGAAGAUCCUGUCGUUGGCGCCCCUGCAUGUGUAACAUAUACCAAUGAAAAGCGUGUCGUGUUUAAUAUAUGUCCACUUUAUGUACCAAUAGAAUCAGAAAUCUAACAAAUCAACCCCAUUUCACCCCCAUUUCACCAAGACAAAUAUCCCAAACUCCGAACCAUGCAUAUAGGAUUAUAAAAGGGUAUCGUAAAAAGGCCGCGACGGCGAAAAAAGAAAUCACAUAAAGACGUUGGCGCAAGCGCAGCAGACGUAGUAGAGUUUCAUUCCCGUUUCAGCAGAUCGCUGCUGAGACUGGAAAAACACCGCUUCGGUCUCACCGCAGUUCGGACAGAGCUUGUUGGAUCGUGGAAGC